AUGGGGCAUCACUGCUGCAGCAAACAGAAAGUCAAGAGAGGGUUAUGGUCUCCUGAGGAAGAUGAGAAACUCAUCAAGCAGAUCACCACCCAUGGCCAUGGCUGCUGGAGUUCUGUCCCAAAACUUGCAGGGCUUCAAAGGUGUGGGAAGAGCUGUAGAUUGAGAUGGAUAAACUACUUGAGGCCGGAUCUGAGACGCGGUUCUUUCACCGAGCAAGAGGAGAGAACGAUCAUCGAUGUUCAUAGGAUAUUGGGGAACAGAUGGGCUCAGAUUGCAAAACAUCUUCCAGGAAGAACUGAUAAUGAAGUCAAGAACUUUUGGAAUUCUUGCAUCAAGAAGAAACUUAUUGCUCAGGGUUUGGAUCCAAACACUCAUAACCUCCUUUCUCCACAUCAGAUCCCAAUUCUUAAUGCUAAUAACAGUAAACACAGUUACGAUCCAACGAAGCCAGUUUUCUCCAUUAUAAACAAUGCCUCUUCACAAACAAAAGAUGCCAAAAGGUUCUCUUCUCUUCGACCUCAUUCGUCUGCUGAUACUAAUGACCCUGUAAUGACUCAUAACUUGUAUGAAAAUUCUUUGACACACCCAACUUCCAAUCUUCAUAACCAAGAUUACAACUUUGUUUUCAAGAAUGAUGUUAGCCAUCAAUCUACAAUGGGAUUCUCAACCCGACCUUUGGUUGAGAGUACUAAAAUGCCCAUAUUGUUGCCACUAUCUUCUUCUCCUCCUCCUCCAAACCCACUUGAAUUUGGCACUUUGGUGCAAUCUUGGGGUAGCAACAGCAAUCUCGGAGUAGGGUUCGAACAGACAAGACGAGCAGAAGAUCAGUACCAAGAAAUGUUGCAGAUGCCACAAAUGGUGUGUCCACAGGAGUUUGUGAACAAGGGUUUGGAUUUGAGGGGUGGUGAUCAUCAUGUUGAGGGGGGUCAGACCAACAUGGAUAUGAUCACUUCGUUUGAUGGGUGUAACAUCGACUUAGAGUUCAUGGAAGCAGCACUUAUGCCUUGUGGAAUGUAUUCAAAUCUGGGCUCUUUGGAUCAACUUGCAUGGGACUGUAACUAGCUUAAUCAAUUUGUUCUACUUGAUUAAUUUUUCUAUUUUUUAGGAUCUAAAGAUACUCUCUCUCUCAAUUUUUUCCUGAAUGCCAUUAUUGUUUAUAAAUUGUUUGCUAUAAC